UUGCAACACAUGAAGGACGGAUAAAUUGUUUCCAUUCAUUCUUCUUUAAACAUUUCCUCACGUCAACUUCAACCAGAGAUGUCCAGCAAGGUCGCCGUGGUAACGGGGGGCAACAAAGGCAUCGGCAAGGCCAUCGUGCAGGCGCUGUGCAAGGACUUCCAGGGUGACGUCUACCUCACUGCCAGAGAUGAGGGGCGUGGUAAGGAGGCCGUAGCGUCCUUGAGCGCUGAGGGUUUGAAGGCCAUCUUCCACCAGCUGGACAUCAAUGACGUUGGCAGCAUCAGAAAGGCUGCUGACUUCUUUAAGCAAAAGUAUGGCGGCGUGGACGUGCUUGUCAAUAAUGCCGCCAUUGCUUUUAAAGUGGCCGACCCGGCGCCGUUUGCCACGCAGGCCGAUGUGACGCUGCGGACCAACUACUUUGCCACACGGGACAUGCUGACCCACUUCCUGCCGCUCAUCAAAGCAGGAGGCCGCGUGGUCAACGUAUCGAGCUUCGUGAGCGUGUACAGCCUGCACAAGUGCAGCGAGGAGCUGCAGAAGCGUUUCCGCAGCGAGGACAUCAGCGAAGAUGAGCUGACGACUCUCAUGACGCGCUUCGUGGAGCUCGCCAAGAAUGGCCAGCACAAGGAGGGGGGGUGGCCCGAGACCGCCUACGGAGUCUCCAAGAUCGGUGUCACGACGCUGUCGAUGAUUCACGCAAGGCGUCUGUCCAAAGAGAGACCAGACGAUCAGAUCCUGGUGAACGCGUGCUGUCCCGGCUGGGUGCGCACCGACAUGGCGGGCCCCAAAGCCACCAAGUCCCCAGCGGAGGGCGCUGAGACGCCCGUCUUCUUGGCUCUUCUUCCAGCCGGAGCUUCGGCACCUCACGGCAAGUUUGUGUCGGACAAAGCGGUCCAGGAUUGGUGAAGCCCAUGAUGUCUCCUCUUUCAGCCAGAUGACAUCACCCGAACGACCGUGCAGUGGAAAGGGAAUGCAAUGUUUCCACAAGCUUUGAAAUACAAGUCAAGAAAGGCAUAUCAGAGUGAACGUGGAAUGACACAUUCUACCACAAAUAAAGAAAAGAAUGAUUUUGAACAA